AUGGGGACCUUCUUCAGCAUCGUGGGGCGUCGAUAUAAACGGAGGCGCAAGAAACGCUCCGAGAGGAAAGACAGAAACAGUCUCCGCCAGUCAAGAAACCCUCAAAAGUAUUUUGCCAUGGAUUUAGAAGAUGAAGAAAACAUGAGUUCAAGCAGCACAGAUGUUAAGGAAAACUGCAAUCUGGACAACGUGCCCCCCAAGGACGGCGGCGCACCGGGGCCUGGCGAGGGCGCCCCGCUCUCCAACGGGGGCGGUGGGGGCGCCAGCAGGAAGCGGCCCCUGGAGGAGGGCAGCAAUGGGCACGCCAGGUUCCGCCUGAAGAAGAGGAGGAGGACGCCAGGGCCCGCCCUGCCGAAGAACGCCCUGAUGCAGCUGAACGAGAUCAAGCCGGGCCUGCAGUACAUGCUGCUGUCCCAGACGGGGCCCGUGCACGCGCCUCUGUUCGUCAUGUCCGUCGAAGUGAACGGGCAAGUCUUCGAGGGCUCUGGCCCCACAAAGAAGAAGGCCAAACUGCAUGCUGCCGAGAAGGCCCUGCGCUCUUUCGUGCAGUUCCCCAACGCCUCCGAGGCCCAUCUGGCCAUGGGGAGGACCCUGUCCACCAACACGGACUUCACGUCUGACCAGGCUGACUUCCCUGACACGCUCUUCAACGGCUUUGAGACCCCGGACAGGUCAGACGUGCCCUUCUACCUGGGUUCCAACGGCGAUGACUCCUUCAGUUCCAGCGGAGACCUCAGCUUGUCGGCGUCCCCGGUGCCCACGAGCCUGGUCCAGCCUCCCCUCCCCGUGCCACCGCCAUUCCCACCCCCAAGCGGGAAGAACCCCGUGAUGAUCCUGAACGAGCUGCGCCCAGGACUGAAGUAUGACUUCCUCUCAGAGAGCGGGGAGAGCCACGCCAAGAGCUUCGUCAUGUCCGUGGUCGUGGAUGGGCAGUUCUUUGAAGGCUCGGGAAGGAACAAAAAGCUCGCCAAGGCCCGGGCCGCACAGUCCGCCCUGGCAACCAUCUUUAAUUUGCACUUGGAUCAAACGCCAUCUCGCCAGCCCAUCCCCAGCGAGGGCCUUCAGUUACAUUUACCACAGGUGUUAGCGGAUGCUGUGGCCCGCCUGGUUCUGGACAAGUUUGGUGAUCUGACGGACAACUUCUCCUCCCCUCACGCGCGCAGAAAAGUUCUUGCCGGAAUCGUCAUGACGACAGGCACAGAUGUUAAAGAUGCCAAAGUGAUAAGUGUUUCCACAGGAACAAAAUGUAUUAAUGGCGAAUACAUGAGUGAUCGUGGCCUUGCAUUGAAUGACUGCCAUGCGGAAAUAAUAUCUCGAAGAUCCUUGCUUAGAUUUCUUUAUACACAACUUGAGCUUUACUUAAAUAACAAAGAUGAUCAAAAGAGAUCCAUCUUUCAGAAAUCAGAGCGAGGAGGCUUUAGACUGAAGGAGAAUGUGCAGUUCCAUCUGUAUAUCAGCACCUCUCCAUGCGGAGAUGCCAGAAUUUUCUCCCCACAUGAACCAAUCCUGGAAGAACCAGCAGACAGACAUCCGAAUCGUAAAGCCAGAGGACAGUUGCGGACGAAAAUAGAGUCUGGCGAGGGGACGAUUCCAGUCCGAUCGAACGCAAGCAUCCAGACGUGGGACGGGGUGCUGCAGGGGGAGAGGCUGCUCACCAUGUCCUGCAGCGACAAGAUGGCGCGGUGGAACGUGGUGGGCAUCCAGGGAUCCUUGCUCAGCAUCUUUGUGGAGCCGAUUUACUUCUCGAGCAUCAUCUUGGGAAGCCUCUAUCACGGGGACCAUCUCUCCAGGGCCAUGUACCAGCGGAUCUCCAACAUCGAGGACCUGCCCCCUCUCUACACCCUCAACAAGCCUCUGCUCAGCGGCAUCAGCAACGCGGAAGCACGGCAGCCGGGGAAGGCGCCCAACUUCAGUGUCAACUGGACGGUGGGCGACGCAGCCAUCGAGGUCAUCAACGCCACGACAGGGAAGGACGAGCUGGGCCGUGCCUCCCGCCUGUGUAAGCACGCGUUGUACUGUCGCUGGAUGCGUGUGCACGGCAAGGUUCCCUCCAACCUACUACGCUCCAAGAUCACCAAACCCAACAUGUACCACGAGUCCAAACUGGUAGCGAAGGAGUACCAGGCUGCCAAGGCGUGUCUGUUCAAAGCCUUCAUCAAGGCGGGCCUGGGCGCCUGGGUGGAGAAGCCCACAGAGCAGGACCAGUUCUCCCUCACCCCCUGACCGGGGCCGAGGCCGGGCUGCCAGGAGUACAGCGUCGUCCUGGAACCUCACAUCUGAACUGGGACAGGCGCGGGGCAGGGGCUGCUGCGCGUCCAGCACUGUCCCUGGAACCUCAUCUGACCUGGGGGCAGGCAUGGGGGAUGUGGGGGUGCCAGGCGUCCAGGUCUGUUCCCAGAACCUCAUCUGACCUGGGGACAGGCAUGGGGAUGUGGGGCUGCCGGGCAUCCAGCGCUGACCAGCAGACCCUCACAUCUGACCUGGGGCAGGCGCGGUCUGGGGAGGGUGUGGGAGGUGUUG